GUCUUCGGUAACGAUCGAGAAAGGAAUAUGAUGCUAUCCUUGAGUUCGAAGUCACCCUUUUAUGCGCACACUGCGUCUUUUCGCACAUGCAGUUGCUCCCGAGUACUCCCCGACGGAGCUUCGACGUCAACUUCAGCGAUGCCAGAGCGAUGCGGCUGCACCACAGAUGGAAGCGUUGUCAUAUGACGGCGACAAAUUUGAAGCGUUCCGUUCAACAUGGUCGUACAUAAACAAACUCGGCAUGUAGUUGCAUCGUGGAAGUGAGGAAGACGAAAUCUACAGGGUGAAACAAGAAAUUUAUGCAGGGAUGAUUAUUUCAAAUUCGUGGAAAAAAGCAGACGUGAAGUUGGUUUCGAGCGCCGUGCAUGAUUCGUACUAGUAGAAAUUUUUAACCACGACAAUCUGGACCCACUAGCUGCUAUGGAUGCAGCGAACGCGCAACAGGUGGACAACGAAGCAGCGACUACACAAUAGAAAUAAUCACGUUUUUGCGUCGCUCGAAUCAAAUUGAGAAAGAAGUAGGAUAUUUUGCGUAUCUUCUGGCUACCGGGGCUGGAGCUCUGACCUUGAGCGAUUGCCCACAAGGAAGAGAGCUCGCUUGAGUGUCAGCUCUGUCAUCAUCAUCUUGGUGAAGCUGUUUUUUUCGCAGGUCGAUGGUUACUUCACUACUUGGAAGUUUAGGUACGAUGAAUGUGGGAAGGCGGGACGUCGACAAGCGUGCCGAUCCACGGGACGGACACCACAGCAAGCGGGUCUACAACCAGAGUUCUUACAACAACCAAGACCAGUAUCCUCAUGGUAGUCGAGGUAUUAGCAGUGCGGCAAGUAGUUACUAUAGUUACGGUGACAGGGCCGGCUUAAGCAGCAGGGAACAUCGAGACCACGAUAGUAAAGAGCACCAUAUGAGCUCGUCUCGUCGGGACCGCGACCAUCAAGGAUAUAGGCAGGAUGAGAACGGUGGACAUAGCACGAGAGGAGGAGAAUCCAGGAGAGGCGGUGGAGAUCACGCCGGGCACGCAAGUGGAAGUAGUCGAAGUGGGUAUAACGACCGCCACAAGGAGAGGGGCCGGGGAGGUAAUUCUGAAAGCGGAGGUGGAGGCGCUAAUGGCAGUGGUCGCUACCAUAGUAACAACACUUCUAGCAGUAAUCAACAUGAUCAUGAUAGCAGCGCUAAAAAUCAUAGCAGUCGAGAUCGGGGUGGACGCUAUCCUGGACGCGGCCGACGAGGUCCCUCUCCAAGCGGUAAUGGGAUGAGCCGUCCGCAAUUGAGGGAACGGGUACGCGAUAAUCAUCGAGACCGGUAUAGAGGUAGCCGUGAUUUAGCGUCAGGUUCGUCUGGCCCGAGCGCGAAGGCUAAUAGUGGCACGACUAGCGGCGCAAGACUGGUGUCAAGAAACAGUAGCGGCCGCGACGGAGGAGGCCGUGGAGACUCCUACAGCAACAACAACAGUGGUAUUAACAUACUGCACCAGAACGGCAGCUCUGGAGGUGGUUCCAAUAACCAUGGAGGAAGUAACUCAGAGCCCCCAGACAUUCGUGAGCGCGUGGGCUCGUCAAUGAGCCGUGGGACUGUAGCUGACCGAGAGCGCGAUGUGGACGGUCGCAACGGGGCCGCGCGACGUAGCAGAAGCCGUGGUGGUAACCAUGCCAAUGGAAAAAUUACGUCCCGAACUUCGCGGAGGCGGAACGGGGUGGAAUCAUCUGCACCAGUAGGGAGCACAACAUCGGCAGGUGGCGGGGGCAUCACCCUCAAACCGAGGAGUACUAAAUACGUAAUUGUGCUGCCGUAGACGUAUCGGACAGGUUGUCGAUGAUCUUUUGUGAUGCUUUGGCUCAUGAAGAUGUUGUCUACAGCUCUUGUUCUUACUCUUAGCUAUUGUUUCUGAGUUCGAGUUGUAUCUGUAGGCUAAGAAUAAGGAAAUAAUAUUCAUAUCUAACAGGUGCUGUUCUUAGGGAAAAACAACAGGAAGAGCAGGCUAAUAACAACACUGGCAGAGCACACGACAGCGGCGUAAUUUUGCGGAGGAGAGACGACAUACAGAUUGAGCCUCGUCACGGCAGGUAUUUAAAUCUAUUUCUAGAAGUUUUUCUAGUUGCUUCAAGAGAUGUGCAAUUAGUUUUGCUUGCCCUUCCGGCAGAAAGUAAAGAUUACUCUAUUGUCGUAUCUAGUAUAUUUAUCACGUCAUCAUCAUUUUGAUAUAUUCUCUCAGUCGAGCACCGACACCGUCUGGGGGAGGAGCACAGCAGGGGAGGCUCGAACUUCGGAGCCGUAGAGAAGUAAUUGAGAAGCGCGGAGGGUCCGAGGACGAUGCAAUGGUCACCUCCCAGCAGAACGCACAAACGCACGAGUUCAAGACAAGCCACGACUACGUGCAGCCAGAUGAGACUCCUAGUGGAUCCCCGAUGGAUGUCGAUCAUCGAAGUAGUCACCGCAGUGCUGGGAACCAGCAGAGCCCGGCAAGCCGAGUUGCUGCGAGCGAGAACUCAGAAGUCAGCGAACGGGAACGCAGCUCUUCAAGCGAGCAGGAACGAAGCGAAGAAAGCCGCAGGGAGCAACCUAAGUCAAGCAGCGAAGAAAACGAGGAUCCAGACGAAGACGAGGAUAGCCGGAGCAGCAUAACUUCAAGGGUAUUUUCCAUUUUCUGUCGUAGUUACUAUAGUUUCGUCGUCCAUCUCUAGGUCGCAACAAUAGCUUUUUUAGAGAUGAACGAAAAUUCUUUUAAAACUUCGCCUUCUCAGUCUCCCGAGGACAGCGAGGAAGAGGACGUGGGGGAUGAAGAGAGCGAUGAAGACGAGGAGGAUGAGGAAAGCGAAGACGAGUCUGAAUCUACUCCCGUGACGAAAAAACGGAAUAAGGGCACCUCUGGAAACAACACCACUAAAAGCGCUCAGACAGCAUCCAGUAGAACAGGUGCUGUACAAGCAGCUUCAUCGACUGCGAAUAACAAUGUAAUUUUUUCCAGCUCAUCAUCUGUGGCGCAAAACAAGACGACAGGACCCACUGCCGGCUCUUCCUCAAGCAGCAGUUCUGUUGGCGGCUAUAAGCAGCAGCCCCUCAUAAUUGUGACAGAGAUUUCCUAAAGAUCGUCAUAACCAUCGCGUGAAAAAAUAUCAUGUCAAUUGUUACGAAUACGAAUGCACUCAGUCAACAUUGGCUUAGCUCUAAUGUACAACCAGUUUCGGGCGGAGUCCAGGUUGAGCCAAGCAACAACCACUCUCUAGCUGCAAAGCUCGCGACCGCAGGGGAGCAGACGGCCUCUUUUGCACCGAACAAGGCAGCCCCCGCAAGCACAACCAGUUUCCCGACUGGAAAUAUGACCCUAGUCAGUACAACGUCCACGGGCAAAACCGGUACACGGAAGGCAGUAGACCCUUCUGUCGACGCGGGCGCGCAAGCAGCAGCUUUCGAUGAGAAAGUACAUGGAAAUUUUGAUGUAGUCGUAAGGGCCUAUGUGACCGACUAUUUGACUUUGAGUUCUACUCUGAGAUUACUUCCUUGUGCAACUUCAACUUUAACUUUAUGGGCUGAAGGUCAGUCGUUGGCGCCUUGGUUGUGUUUGUCUUGUUUGUUUGGUUGUUCGUCGUGGCCGUGUGCCCGUGUCCUUUCUCUCCAAUCAAAUCAGGGCUAGGAAGGGUUAGUUGUUAUUUGAUGGCUUAUUCUUGACUUUAUCAUCUAGCACAGAAUGGAGUAGCGACUGCGUCUGCAGUAAACAACUCAAUACUUUAUGACCGACUACUUCGGCUGAUCCUCGUUAUGAAAGAGAAAGAUGACUUAAACAUUUCUUGUGCCUAAAACUCAAACAGAUCGCUGCAGACCCGCGGAAUCUUCUCGAGGUUAGCGAAAUACCUGAGGCGCAACUCAAUGAAGAAGCUCUAAAUCCUCACUUUAGCAAGUUCGGCAAGAUUUUGAGCAUAGAAAUGGGAAGCCCCGAUGAACAACGCGCUAUGGUACAGUUUGGAUAUAUUCUCUAGUCGGUAUAUUAGGAGCACGGUGACUUAAUAUCUUGAUGGUGUUGCUUUCGGUGAUGAAGAAGUUUAAGAAUCCUACUCUCGGUAUUCAUACACAUACUCUGCACGACCACUAUCUUCCUCUAUUUUCUCUACAACUGGAUCCAGAUUAUUUAUGAGGAUACCAUGUCUGUCGGCAAAGCAUGUCGUUACGAGGGGUUGCAUGUGGGACUAGGAGUUUUAGUGCGAGAUCCGCGUGGGAAAUUUCAGGCAGUGCAAAAGAAUGCAGAGCUUGAUAUCGAAAGCAAGCGGCUUCUUGAGAAAUACACAGGCAUGCUACAAAAGGUAUUCGCCAGUUUUUAGCAGUUCCUCCAACAGUAGAAUUUAUUUUGUCAGGAUUACCAGUUAUUUUGUCAGGAUUGUAUUUCGCAUCCGCAAUCAUGGCAUGCGGGACUUCUACCUCAUCACCACAGGUGCUUGGCAUGCAGGCGAAGUUAGGCGAUCGGGAACCACAAAAGCGGGAGAUCUUAAACCAGAAGAUUAUCAAGUUGAAAGAGCAGAUGUCGAUGUUGACGGAGAUGAAGAACAAGAAGCAAGAACGGGCCGAGGGCGGAGGCUGGAGCGCGGAAGUGCCGGGGGGUGCAGUUCCAGAGGGGGGCGCAGACCAACAUGGCGGCUGGUGGGGCGGACACUACGGCAACGGCAAGAGCGGCGCGGACCACCUUGGUGGCGGGCCGUCGUGGGAUUCCUGGGCCGUCGGGGGACAGGAGGAAACCAGCGAAGAUCCCCAGCAAGCGUACAUCGACGACCAAGAGCCUCAAAUCACAACCGGCGGCGCGGUUGACAUGGAGGCUGAGGGCGCGCCAAUGCCCGACAGUCCUGAGCGUAUGCGAACGGAAUCGGCAGCGGCGGACUAUAUUGAGGAGCUACCCAGUUUUGUACCAUGAUGUUGAGCAACCCAACAUCUUCACCCAAGUAGUAGAAGUACUACGCAGAACGACAACCCGCGUCUUCUUUCAUAACGCUAUCUGCGAAACACGUCAACAAGAACUACCCACUUUUUCCUAAACACACCGUCCUCGUCGUCUGAUCCGGAAAAACAGCUUUCCCAGUCGAACACCAUGUUGCACACCUACAACUCAGCGUGAACCAGCUUAACCUCAAUCCGCUCCUCCAGUUUUACCUCAACCCUGCCUGCCUCUCUUCUCCUCUCCGUAUCUUGUGAGCAGGUUCAUUGUCUUGCUGAUGGUGUAUUGCGGGGUCCCAUCACCGUCUUUCCCUUCGACACUGAACAUGGCGAUUUGGAUUUAGAUGGCGAUGUUUCGCUUUUGCAUGCGCAUUGUUACUCGGGCAAAAUUUUUUGAAAAUCUCCGUAUUAAAGAUGUUUUGAACUUCCAUAUGAAGUACUGAGAUGCGGUCAUCUAGUGUGUCUUGUAAAUAGAUGACGCAUUAUUCUGACCUUGGAACCUUCCGGUUAAAACCGCAUGAAGAAAUUCUUGUCAUCGUUUAUCUUCAUCAUCUGUUGUCAAUAUUCGAAAUUGAUAUUUUGUCAUUGAUCAAUCUUAAUUUUAUAAUUUGAAGGUUAGGGGGUGGGCGAGUUUUUCAUCCACGAGCAGACUAUUUCUUCGUGAAUGAACGAAGAAAAUAAGAUCAUGACGUCUUCGCGUUGUUCUUCAGGAGUUGUGAUUUGUUUUGACAGGCACAUGGGAGUGUAGUAUUUUUGUUUACAGCAACGAACAUAAUCAUAAACAUUUAUCAUGACGAUGAUCUAGUCGCUAACAAAUGCUAAGUCGAAGAAGUCAAAUGUUCUUGAGAAUACGAAUAGAUUGAUUGAAGACACAAGUCCCAGUCAGGAGCAUCAGCUUCUGUUGAUGUUGUAUCAUGUUUAUGAUUUACAGGUUGGAAACUCACUUCUAACAAGUGACUCCUCUUAUCCUUCUAUAGUCAGUCUAAUAAUUUGCCGUCAAAAUCAAGAUGUAGUAAGUAUGUUCUAACCAACGGACCCCUUUUCGAUUGAGAAUGAAAUGUUGGAGAACACAGGUAUCGAGCUUGGUUUUGGCUCCCUCAUGAAAUGAAAGCUAUCAAACCACAAAUAAUGACAUCUUUCGUGACUGAGCUAUUUAGCAAUUUCAAUUCAUCGAUUAUUGGACGAAUGAAAAUUUGUUUUUAUAUCUAGAGGGAUCUUCAUCAAAGCAGGAUGUAGUCUAUUUUCUAAUGUCGUCAGAUCUUUGAUAAUCCUCCAUUUUUUUGGGGCGAGUGGCGAUUAUUGCGGUGGAUGAAGUCCAGUAAAAGGGCGCCGAUUCCGACAGUCCACGGUUGACCUUUAUCUAUGUAUGAUCAUCAAUGUAUAUUCCUGUGUAAGUAGAAAUCAAACAAGAUAUGUUCGUGGGGAAGCACGACUCUGUCAGAUUUAGAACUCUCUCCUACGCUCAACCUCCUCCACCUAUUUCCCCAGUAUCAGUUUGAAAAAUCGUGAGUCGUAAACAUAUUCAACAUGGUGUGUUAAUUUAUCCCACAGAAAAUCGCAUCUUCCAUGUCCACCACACAUAAAGAAAUAUGGAAAUCCAACGCUUCCUAACUCGAUGUUGACCCAAACGUCGAGCCACGCAGAUACGCGAAAACCGAAAUACUUUCAAUCGUUCGGGCGUUUCUGAAAGGGGAGAUGGAUUCGUGAUC